CCGCCUGGGACGGGGCUGCGGCCACCCCCCCCCCGCCCCGUUCUCUUCCCCCCUCCCGGUACCGGCCCGUCAUGGCGGGGGCGCGGGGGGCCCGGACGGGCGGCGGGCGCUGCUGGGCGCUGCCCACGGCGCUGCUCUGCGCCUACGGCUUCUUCUGCAGCGUGCGGCCCUCCGAACCCUUCCUCACCCGCUACCUGCUGGGGCCGCACAAGAACCUCACCCAGAGCCAGGUGUUCAACGAGAUUUACCCGGUGUGGACCUAUUCCUACCUGGUGCUGCUGUUCCCGGUAUUCCUGGCCACUGAUUACCUCCGAUACAAGCCCGUGGUGCUGCUGCAGGGCCUGAGCCUCAUCGUGACGUGGUUCAUGCUGCUGUACGCCCAGGGGCUGCUAGCCAUCCAGUUCCUCGAGUUCUUCUAUGGUGUGGGCACUGCCACAGACAUUGCCUACUACUCCUACAUCUACAGCGUCGUUGACUUGAACUGGUACCAGAAAGUCACUAGUUAUUGCCGGAGUGCCACUCUGGUGGGCUACACUGUGGGCUCGGUCUCCGGGCAGGUCCUUGUGUCGGUGGCAGGCUGGUCCCUCUUCAGCUUAAAUGUUAUCUCCCUAACCUCUGUGUCCAUUGCCUUUGGUAUGGCCUGGUUUCUGCCGAUGCCCCAGAAAAGUCUUUUCUUUCACCAUGUCUCAAGUCAGCAGAUUAGUAGGGAAAUGAAAGUCAUAGACUGUAAAAAUGGAUCUGCUGUCCAAGAUCAUCCUGACAUGCAGAGGAUGCCUGGUUGGGAGGAUGAGACAAAAGUUCCCUUAAAUGAGGAAGAGCUACCAUCACAGAAGCAGGAGCAGAAAGUAGACAUUUUAAAAGUGCUCAGUGACCUCUGGCAGGACUUUCUGCAGUGCUAUUCCUCCCGAACCAUGCUCUGCUGGUCCGUGUGGUGGGCACUAUCAACCUGCGGCUACUUCCAGGUCAUCAACUAUGCUCAGGGCCUGUGGGAGAUGGUGCUGCCUUCCCACAACUCAGAGCUCUACAAUGGUGGUGUGGAGGCGGUCUCAACGCUGCUAGGAGCUGUUUCAGUGGUUGUUGUGGGUCAUAUAAAAACAUCCUGGGCGACAUGGGGUGAAGUGGCACUUGCUCUGUUCUCCUUUCUUAUUGCUGCUGCUGUAUAUAUCAUGGACACUGUUCAUAACAUCUGGGUGUGCUAUGCAUCGUAUGUUGUCUUCAGAAUUAUCUACAUGCUGCUGAUCACAAUAGCAACGUUCCAGAUUGCUACAAAUCUCAGUGUGGAGCGGUAUGCCCUGGUAUUUGGAGUCAAUACUUUCAUUGCGUUAGCACUUCAGACUCUGCUCACCUUGAUUGUUGUGGAUGCUAGUGGGCUUGGGUUAGACAUCUUCACCCAGUUCAUGAUUUAUGCCUCUUACUUUGCGGCCAUCUCUCUGCUGUUCUUGGGGAGUGGUAUCUACAGUAUCAUAAGGACUUACAGAAGACAAGAACAGGUUCAAAGCAGAUCUCCUGAAAGCCAUUAGUGCACCAAGUAAAGACUCACAGCAAGAAUGUAUGAAGUGAUAGGUUUGUUUUAAUCUCUGCCUUUACUUCCCAAGGCGGUCACCUUAACUGUAUUUGAUCUAUAUUUAUACUAUAUUAGUAUCACAUUUUAGAAUGUAUAUGUAUGUAUAUGUUCUUACGUAAGUAAGAACAAAUAUCAUUUUUCUAAAACUUCUUUUGUUCUUCUGUUGCCUGUAUGGGAAGUGCAGCAGAGAACUUUAAACCAUUUCAAAAAGCAAAAGCCUUGGGAAGUUUUCGUUUAAGCUUGGAGAUGCCAUCAGAAAGGCACUUCACCAUUAUCUGGUCAGCUGCUGCUGUUCUUUCUGUUACUGAGAUGCUGCUGCAGGGUCGAAGCAAGGGUGCACUCGUAGGCCUCUCUGCAGAGAGCCCCAGGCCUGGGAUAGGGAUGGCCUUAAGUCCGUGCUGUGCAGUGUGGCUUUUGUUGUGCCUGCCCUGUGCUGGUGGAUGCACUUUUUUGAGGGUUAAUACACUUUUGAGACAUACAUUUAAUGUCUUUGCAUAUGCACAUACAUCCUUUAAUUGCUUGUACUAUUUCUACUGUUCCUGCCUGCCAUUCCUACAGCCAGAGUUUUACUAUAGUUGAUCGUGGUACUUUCUCCUGAAAACUUAACUUGGGGUGAAUUGUGAUGCUGGUGAAUGUGUUAUCAGCAAUGAUGCUUGUCUUACGAAGGCCCAUGCUCAAGGGACUGUAAAGCUGGAGGGGAGGCGUAGAGGGAGUCUAACUAGAUAAAAUGUUAAUCCCCAGGACCCUUGGCUGUCCUUGCCUUUGUCCUUUGGAACUCCAGAUUCCAGCAGUCGUAGGAGUCACUGACACACAACUCUUGAGACUGGGCUGUUGCAGUGAGAUGGUGGAUGUGAAUGUAGCAUGGAGAAGGAAUGUGCAGGAUUUUAACCUGUUCUUUUAUAACCUUGGAGAAUUAUGACUGUGGUGACUGAACAGACACUGGUUGUUAUUGUAAUUAUCAGGAUAAAUGCCUGAGGUUUUUCAAAAUGCUUAUUUCCUGAUCUGUCGCUUCUUUGCCUUUUAAAAUACUUUGAUUCUUCCAUUGGAUUUCUGUCUGCUAGCUCUACCUCUCCUUUUCACCUAAAGAGAAAAAUGGAUGUGCAGGGAGUUUUUGUUUCUUGUUUUUUGGGGUUUUUUUUUCUUUAUUUUCAGUCAGAGCAACAUGGGACUUGCCUUAUACCUGUUUUUAAGAAUAACUUUUUUUUUUUUUUUUUUUUUUUUUCACCAAAUGACUUGAGCCCUGGGAAGGAGUUGUUCUGAGCUUUGGCACUUGGUUACCUGGGCACCAUAACCUGCACAGCAAGAGAUAUCCAUAGUAUACUGUGGGUUGGCUUAGAUUGUCCCUGCUGCUGUGCAGCUCAUGGUGAGUUUAAAUGUGCAGGAGAAAUGGCAUGGGAGAAGAUGCUAUGCAGUGUGCUUCCCCUCUAUGCUGUUUCUCUGUGUCGGUGGUUAGAGUUUAUUCCAGUCAGAGCCUGAAGAAGCAGCUUUGGUUUCUUUAAUGCUGUGGUGGUUUCACAGCACCUGGGCUGGAAAGACUUUCCUCUCCUGGCUGGGACAGGUAAUUUUUAUCAUAUAUGUGAGCCCCAGGCUUUACUGCAUGAGGUGAAUGACUAAUCAGUUUGGGAUGUGCUAUAGGGGGUCCAUGGAGUCCUUUCAGGCUGGCUGCUCAAAGGAACACACUCCCCAAAACCUCACUGUUUGCAGCCUGGCUUGUAAAAUGUCUUGGGGCUCAACUGUGUUGGCAUUUAUACGUGUAAAAUUAACUGCCUUAUCCUGAAACAGAAACUUGAAACCACACAUGUAUAUAUUUCUUCACCAUUAAAAAAAAAAAAAAAAAUCUGAAGCAGUGAAACACUAGCUGAUAAGCUGUCCUGGGAAAAGGAUAACAAGUGCAUGUCCUGUUCAUUGGGUUUCUUGGCCUGAUGACAGUUGUAACAAGGGGUGAGGAGUGGGUGUGUGGCACUUAUGUCAAAGAAGCUGCUCAAUUUUAAUCACUUUUUUUCGCACGGAAGACACUUUUGGGGAACAACCCAGUCUUUUAAAAGCAAAUUAGAAACUAACUAAUGAAUUAUAGCAAUAACAGAAUGGUGUUUCUACCAAAGUCAUGAAAUUAUGGCAACUGUAGUAUGGCUACUACACUGUAUAUAUAUUCAAACUUAUUAAUGUAUGGAAGCUAAACCUUGAAGUUGUUUAGGUUCCUAUGUUGCACUGUUGCUGUGGUGAUGAGUUGACUGUAGAGCCUGACUGGACCUAUAUGCAGAAUGAUUUGAUGCAUAUUAAGUACUGCAAACACUGAUAUUGUUCAUAGGACCCCUUCAGUUUGGUUCUGAUUGAAUAAUUAUUUUUGUUAAAUAAAAGUAUUUUGAGAUUUC